CAGAGGAUGGGCAAGAGGUAUAUUCAGAGGGACAGAGGGAGAAAAAGGAGAGUGAAGGCAGCGUUGUGAAAGGCGGUGUUGAGGCUGAGGUGGGGCCCUAUCUUCUUGAAAGUCAUGAUCAGGAUGCAGGGGCCGACUGGUCUUCCCCUACUCCUGGUCUUUCAGCUCCUGAAGUAUUUUUCGGCGAAACGUAGUGAUUCUCGGCCUGGAUUCGUACUCUCAGCGGCUGUUAUGAUUGACAUCCCAAUCCGGAGUAUCUCAUAAACAAAUUGAACACGGCAAUCGAUGAAGAAAGAAUUCAACCAACAACCCCCGAGCAAUCACAGCAAGAACCAGAGGACACCUCGUCGGUUUGCUUAUGCGUCUGCGUAGCAUCCGGGAGUUUAUUGUGUGCGAUGACGUAUCAUGUGCGUCCUUACGCCAGCGUUACGUGCGGCGAGCGAAAGACGGACGUGGCAGCGACAGGGGAGACGCCGAGAGAGGCCUUGGUCAGGCGGUAACAUCAGUUUGGGGAUGAACUUGGCCAAAUAAAGAUGAAUCAGCAGGGUCACAUGGCAUCUUAUGGGCAGCCUCAACCUGGUUACCAAGGGUACCAACAGUUUGCAUAUGACAACCAGCAUAUGACUGGGGUUCCGCCAUUGCAAUAUGGACCAUACAAUGGACCUGUCCAAGGUUACCAACAAAAUGCUGUGCCACAAGGUCCUUUGAGGCCACCACCAGGAUCAGCACCACCCCCAACUUCAAUAUCUCCGUCAACAACUGCACAGCAGUCUGUAUAUAACCAAUAUGGACAGGGGGAUGUACACAAUGGCCCUGCAGCGCCUGACCAGAUGCAAAGGCUUCCAGUGUCUCAACCAUACUUGCCUGGUAACACAGUUCAUUCUGCUGGUCAACCAAUGCCAUAUCAACAGUAUGCACCCCCACUUAGUCACGCUCAACAGUUACCAAAUCAGAUGGCCCGAAUGCAGAUCAGUGGAGUUUCCACCAACAAUGCAUCACCUUCAGUUAGUCAAGGUUACGGACCUCCAGCUUCUCGUCCUCCAGUUUCAACUAGCUUACCACCUGCAGGCCCAGCAACGUAUUCUGCUCCGCUACAGAAUGUUCCUUCGAGCACACCCCAAAAUAAUAGCCUUCCUCAGCAUUCUUUUCCUGGUCAAACGACCCUUGCAUCAACUUUCACAUCUCCUCCCACAAAUACGGGUGUGAAUCUUCCUCCUUCAAUAGGGAUGCAAAGACCUCCCAUGAUGCAUGGACCACCUCUGCCAGGACAACCUCCAUUGGGACCUUAUCCAACCCAGCCUAAUAACAGGCCUAUGGGUCCUCAGCCUGGUAUGCCAGGAGUAGCCCCUGGUGCACCAACUCAGAGCUUUCAGAUGCAUCCAGCACCUAAUCAGGGAUUUGUACCUCAACAGAAUGGUUCUUUUGGGCAAAUGAGGGCACCACAACCAAACUAUGCUGCACCUUGUCAACCUCAAUCUCAGCAAAAGCGACUGGACCCAGACAGCAUUCCUAGCCCUCAACUUAAUGAACUACCAACUCAAAAGAAAACAAGACAUAGAAUAGAUCCAGAUGCAAUUCCUAGUCCAAUUCAAGUGAUUGAGGAUGAUAAGUCAAAUCGAGGAUCUGAACCAUUUUCCACUGGUGUAAGAGGACAAGUUCCACCACUUGUGACUACUGACUUCGUCGUCAAAGAUCAAGGGAAUGCAAGUCCUCGUUAUAUUCGAUGUGCGACUUACAAUAUACCUUGCACUUCAGAUAUGGCAAAACAAUGCCAAGUUCCCCUCAAUGCGGUCAUUAAGCCACUUGCCACCCUACCAGCUGAUGAGGCACAACCUUUCAUUGUAGAUCAUGGAGAAACUGGUCCAAUAAGGUGCAAUAGGUGCAAGGCCUACAUGUGCCCUUACAUGCAGUUUAUUGAAGGAGGGCGGAGGUUCCAGUGUGCCUUCUGCAGUUGUGUUUCUGAAGUGCUGCCUCACUAUUUCCAACAUUUGGAUCACACUGGCAAGCGAAUGGACUACUAUGAUCGACCGGAACUCUCACUUGGUUCCUAUGAAUUUUUAGCCACUGUAGACUACUGCAAGAACAAUAAGUUUCCAAAUCCGCCUGCUUUCAUCUUUAUGAUUGAUGUGUCCUACAAUGCACUGAAGAGUGGGCUGGUUCACCUAUUGUGUGAGGAGCUCAAAGCUUUGUUGGAUUUCCUUCCAAGGGAGGGCAAUGUGGAAGAAUCGGCCAUUAAGGUUGGCUUUGUAACAUACAACAAAGUUUUACAUUUUUACAAUGUUAAGAGCUCGUUGGCUCAGCCACAAAUGAUGGUGGUGUCCGAUGUAGCUGAUAUGUUUGUACCCUUGCUUGAUGGAUUCCUUGUCAAUGUGAAUGAGUCACGGGCUGUGAUAAACAGUUUGUUAGAGCAAAUUCCUGAGAUGUUUGCUGAUACCAGAGAAACUGAGACAGUUUUUGGACCUGUCAUUCAGGCUGGUUUGGAGGCCCUCAAGGCAGCUGAAUGUGCUGGCAAACUCUUCAUAUUCCACUCUACCCUGCCUCUUGCUGAAGCACCUGGAAAACUAAAGAAUCGAGAUGACAAGAAGCUUAUCAAUACAGAUAAAGAAAAGGUUCUAUUUCAACCUCAGACCAGCUUUUACAGUAAUCUGGCCAAGGAAUGUGUGGCACAAGGCUGCUGUGUAGAUCUUUUCCUAUUCCCCAAUCAAUAUGUCGAUGUGGCAACCUUGGGAUUAGUUACUUAUCAGACUGGAGGUUCCAUUUACAAGUACACAUACUUCCAGGCACAAGCAGAUGGUGAACGUUUCUUAAAUGAUCUGCACAGGGAUGUUCGAAAAGUGAUCGGUUUUGAUGCUGUGAUGAGGGUACGCACAAGUACAGGCAUUAGAGCAACUGAUUUCUUUGGCUCCUUCUACAUGAGUAACACAACUGAUGUGGAGUUGGCAGCAUUAGACUGUGAUAAGACCAUCACUGUAGAAUUCAAACAUGAUGAUAAAUUGAAUGAAGAAAGUGGAGCUCAGAUCCAGUGUGCUCUGCUCUACACCAGUUGCAGUGGACAGAGGAGGUUACGCAUACACAAUCUUUCCCUAAACUGCUGCACUCAGCUUGCUGACUUGUACAGAAAUUGUGAGACUGAUACACUUAUCAACUUCUUUGUAAAGCUGGCUUAUCGUGGUGUUCUGAGCAACCCCACAAAGACCGUACGAGAGUCCUUAAUUAAUCAGUCUGCUCAGAUUCUGGCCUGCUACCGCAAGAAUUGUGCAAGUCCAUCAUCGGCUGGACAGCUGAUUCUACCAGAGUGCAUGAAGCUACUGCCUGUUUACCUGAACUGUGUAUUGAAAAGUGAUGUUCUCCAGCCUGGAGCUGAAGUUUCUACUGAUGAUCGGGCCUACAUCCGUCAGCUCAUCGCAAGCAUGGAUGUGUCAGAAACCAAUGUUUUCUUCUACCCUAGGCUUUUACCUGUGCACAAAAUGGAUGUUGAUAGUGAUGAGUUUCCAGUGGCCAUUCGUUGCUCAGAGGAACGAUUAUCGAAAGGUGGCAUCUAUCUGCUGGAGAAUGGUUUGAACCUCUUCAUAUGGGUGGGAAUGAACACACAACAUGACCUCAUCCAGAGCAUCUUUAACGUGCAAUCAUUUGGCCAGAUUGACUCUGGAAUGGCCACUCUGCCACAAUUAGAUAACCCAUAUUCCAAAAAAUUACGAUCCAUGGUUGAUGCAAUUCGUGCCCAGAGACCCAGGUUUAUGAAGCUCUUGAUAGUGAAGCAAGAAGACAAGAUGGAGGUGCUCUUUAAGCAUUUUCUCAUGGAGGACAAGAGUGCAAACGGUGGAGCCUCAUACGUGGACUUUCUGUGCCAUAUGCAUAAGGAGAUACGGCAGCUACUCAGCUAAUCUGGGAGAGUAGAGCAGGGAUUGAGAUGGUUGGGUGGAGCUGUUUACUCUGGAGGUGUUUCCCGGCUUCUCCCCAGUGGGCCCAGUGCUUGCUGUCAGCAAGGCCCCUGAUUGUCAGCAACUGCCAUGGAAGCAACAUGGAUGUGUGACUAACCUGUUAAUACUGAAUGUAAUGUAAGGAAUUAAUAGUACAGUAUAAUGUAUAUGAUUUAGAAUCUUAUAUGAGAGCUAUCUUUUCAACACUUGUAUUACUUUGUCGCUUGUGUAUGAGGAGAUGUGGAAGGGAAUGCGCUGUGUGGAUGGAUGUAUGGAUGGUAAACUCCUAAUACGCAGGAUUUCAAGUCAAUAAAUUGAACAAAAUCCAAUUUGUGGCUUUGCUAACAUGGUUUGACUUCUGGAAAUUAUUUUUAUAUACAUCAAUAGUAAUCAUUUCAUGUUGUACCACAGCCUUUUUUUUUCUUGGUUGUUAAUUAGGUCUUUAAAUGUGAAUAGAUUUGUCAAUGAAAAUAAUUUAUCUAUUCACUCGUGAAUGCUUAACCUUUGAUUAAAUUCCAUAUUCUGUUUUGCUCCCUUGCAGAUUCUUAGAAAAUUUGACUUACAGAAAGGCCUUUGGGGUAUGGGGGAGGGUGAGAGAUUUUUAAAAACUGCAUAUCUUUCUGUAUUUUUGUUUCUGAUUUUAGAAACUAAUCAGAGAAGGGAGCAGAGAGUAGGCAUUCUCAGCUGCUGCUCUGUUCAAAGUCACUGAUGAUGGUCUCUAAUGUGUUGUUUUGUAAUUAGAAUCCCAACCAAUAUCCAACCAAAUACAAAAAAAUGAUUUAAUUCUAUUCUUUAACCACAUCCUCAUGUUUUGAUUGUAUGCAUUGUGAUUGCAAGACUUUGUGAUAGGAUUUGAUGCCAAUCUUUGACAGAGAAAGUACAUUACUGCAUUGUGUCCAUUUCAAAUCAGAUGAACAGUAGUGAUCCAGGAUAAAAGGCACAAUUCCUUUUCAAAGCCUUUUUCCUUGUAUUUUCCCAUUCCUAUUUAUUAGAUCGGUUUACCAUGCUGACUUUUGCAACCUGCUGUAAAAUAUAUAUAUAUAUUAAAAACACAAUGUGCUGUUGUAAACGGGACAUUAAUUUUUGAUGCAAUAAAUAUGUUUCUUUCCAAAUGUCUCACUGGGUCU